AUGAGAGACGAAUCGUUGUACUUGACCACCCACGAAACCGCUCUAGCGGUGGUGGCCACGGCAAUGAAAAAAGCGAGACUAUCGCUAGAUACGCUCAUAGUGAAUCUGUUCAUGGGAGGAAUGCUCUUUACUUCGGGCGGUAUGCUCCACGGCAUGAUCACCUCCAAGUGCCCUGAAACCUUCAGCACCAACCCAGGCUACAUUAUGUUGCUCCAGGGACUCGUGUACCCGAUCGGCCUUUUCUACGUGGUGAUAAUGGGUGUGGACUUGUUCAACCUGAACAUCUUGUUCUUUCUGGUUGGCGUUGCCCGCCGUGCCGUCAGCGUGCUCGAUCUACUAAUAUCGUGGUUCGUCAGCUGGUGGUUCAACUUGGUGGGCAACAUCUUUGUUUGCUACAUCGUCUGCCAUUAUUCCAAAGUCACGUCCACCGACCUCAUGAUUGAAGGUUCACGCUUGAUCUUGGACGAGAAGGCCGAGCUUGCUUUCCAUCAGACACUAAUACGGGGUAUGGCGGGUAACUUCUUCGUCUGUCUAGCCAUCUAUCUCCAGCUCAUGGCCAAACCAUUGCAUGUCAAGUUUCUCAUGAUGCUCCUACCUGUGUUCACUUUCGUGUCUAUGGGCUUUUCCCACUCCGUUGCGGAUAUGUACAUGGUGAUCAUUGGCUUGAUCAAUCACGACCACAUAUCUGUGGGCACUGUCGCAUGGAAGGUGCUUCUACCUGCGUCUCUUGGCAAUAUUAUUGGCGGAUCGUUCUUUGGCCUCGUCGUUCCAUGGUAUCUUCACUUGUUUGUGGUGGAGAGAGACCAGCGCAGACUCCACUUGCCUCUGUUCGAGUUGAGAGACGAGCAACCCGAAUUGAACCAGGACUCCAGAGUGGUUCGUGUUGAUCCAAAGGAUGAAGAGGAGGCUGAGGAAGAAAACGAAUUUGAAGAAGAGAAAAAGGAAGCCCGCGAGGAGAAGGGCGACCUGGACUCCCUCGAUAGCUCUAGACUCGGCACCGAGCUGCAUGUUCCCGUCAAUGGUUUGUACAGACCGUCUACAGGAAGAUCUGUACGGUCAGGAAGGUCGUUACGCAAGAAGAGAUCAUACAGAUCACCUAACAACGUUUUCCCAGUCUAUGGUAUGGAGAACCCACGUGAACGUGAACAAUCCAUUGCUUCAGGAAGACAAAGCGCCGACGACUUCUUCGAUGCUGCUGGAGAGGAGGAUGAAGGUGCAGCGUAUCUUGGUGACCAGAUUAGAAGAACGCUAUCUCGUCAACCUACUAGGCGGUCUAAAGAACGCGAUCUUGAAGCUCAAGGGCUGCAUCCAUCGCAGGACAGCCGACAAUCUGUGUCUACAAUCAACAUACCGAGACAGCUACGGAGCUUCUCUUUUGCCAGCCAUCGAAAGGCUAGCCGACACGAGCUUGAUGAGCUCAAUUCGAGGUUCAAUAGAGCGGGUAUCACAGAAAGAGCAGCCAACGCUGCGAACGAAGCGGCUGGUACUUCUGACUUUGUUGGUCGUGACCGUGCUCAGCCCAUGAAAAUGACCCGCUCCCAAUCGACACUAGGCCCCACGUCAGUGGUGGACGAGGAACGUUCCAGUACACCUACAUCGAUUGCAACAGUGCAGCCCUACGACCCAACGAACGGUCGAAGGCGACCUGACGAAAGUCGUUAG